GUUUGAAUGAACACAUUUAACCAGCUAUAAAUAGAACUUGAGAUGUUUGAUAAAAUAAAACACGUUUUCAUAAAGACAAGUUAACAUUGUGAAGUAACUCCUGGUGGUUGGACCUGUAAAUACUGCAGUUGCCGCUUGUUUGUGGCUAAUGAUGUAAAACGAAUGCACAUUUUCUUGCAGCCAUUUCCUUCACGACGCAGAGGAAAUCACUUGUUUCAGGAAACACAGUGAGCUGCGCUGAAGUCACGCUGUCAGACGCCAAAAUAACAGCCAUGGAGGUGGACGCUGCGUUCGUCAAGUCCAGGAGGGGGAUCUUGAAAGUAGCAGAGCUGGGGACUCUGUUUGCAGCGCUCGUGUGCUUCGCCGCGGGGUCCAGAGCGGAGCACAUCGCGGCCACGGUGCUGGAGUUUGUCAUCACCUCCCUCCUGCUGCUGCUGCACCUGUUUAAACUCAACAAGAGGCUCACCUUCCUCUUUUGGCCCUUAGUUGACGCCUUCAACUCUGUCUUUGCAGCAGUUUACCUGAUGGUCCUGAGCGUGAUCGCAUUAUCCACCUACGUGUCCACGGGCACGCUGAUCGGAGGGGUCUUUGGCAUGGUGGUAGCGGGGCUCCUGUCUUUCGACAGCUACAACCUCUUCAAGAACAUCACCCUCAACAACAGAAGUGAACCCAAGAGUCAAGACAACAACCAGUGACACCCGGCUGCAGCAAACGGGCCAGAACUCACCGGGUUCUGGUGUGCUGACCUGGGGUCAGCCUGGGCUCUUUGCGCAGCAAGCGUUCACUUUUGGAGGAUCCUCUCACGAGCUGUGGUUCUAAUUCAAAUGAAACCUAUUUUUUAACCUAUAUUCGACCUAUUUAAAUGCGUUUUGUGUGUGUACAUAUUGACUACCAAUAAAAAAAAAUGUCUUGCGA